CACACACACACACACACACACACACACCUCUGUGUGUUUCUAAUUUAUUGAAAUCAAAGGUUUUUGCACCUUUUGUCCUGAUAGCAUACAACUCACCAGCUGCAUAUGUGAACUAAAGAGUGUUGAAGAACAAACUGGAGAACAGGAAACAUGCAGCAGCAGGUUGAUUAGAGCACGGAGAUGGUAGAGGUGGCGUGCAGACAGUCUAUGGUCGUGCAGCGAUCACAGGGAAUAAAGGUCAUCACCCCCUCCCACUGGCCCCUCCCACUGGCCCCUCCCACUGGCUCCAGGUGAAUUCUCCUGAUUAUAUCCUGCUGUGUUCUCACAUCAGAUCACUCUGACUUUCUGCAGAAUAAAUACGAGGAGGCUGAAGGAGAAACUCUGAGUGAAGAGAGAAACAUUCAGAUGUUUGAGUGAUCACAUGACGCUCAGACUGAGAACACUUCAGGAGGUUUCUGCAGGUGUGAACAGACUUAUUGUGAGCUGAUGUGUCUCUGUCUUUUUCAGUGCUUUUCACACUUGUACAAAACUCCUAAAAGUCUUAAGGGUGAGCUGCAUGUGUGAAUGCAAAAAGCACAUUUUUCAUCCUCAACGAUAUAAAAGUGACCUAAAACAAAAAAGAAAACGUCUAAAAUGCAAUGUGAUGAAGGGUUCAGACUUCAGAGAGGGGUUUUUUAAAGCUGUGGUGUCUGAAACGCUCCCUGUGAACCCUCUUUGUGUUGUGUUUGCGUCUCUCAGCUGCUGCGCCUCCACACUGGCUGGUUGACUCUGCAGCCUCGUCGUAUAAUACACAGUUUAAACAGGCACACAAUAGGACAGCCUGGUUCCCACGGCGACUCCCACAGGACCCCCGCUCUGUUUUUACUGCUGCAUGUCACAACAUUUUUCUUUUGAAUUAAACCGAACGACUGACGGUCUUUGUUCAGUCGACGAGAAGAGGCGAUAAAUUCUUAUUUUAAAGGUCUGACAGUCUGACCCCUGCAGGCUGCCGUAGUCAAAUAAGCAAAGGGACAUCAUGCUCCUCUAUUCCCUACUUUCAAUCUGAUGGUUAUUAUUGUUUUCCAAAUCUCUCACCACCCCUCUGUGUGUGUGUGUGUGUGUGUGCAGGUGGUGGUUCCCACUCGGGUUGGUCAGGUGUACGUGUACGACACGGUGAAGGCGGAGCAGGACGAGUACGACGUCCUGCCAAGACAUCAGCCUCCGACUCAGCAGGACAUCUACGACGUACCGCCAACACGCCAGCAGUACAACACACAGGUGUAUGACACUCCUCCCAUGGUGGUGAAGGGGCCCUCUAGUGGUCAAGAUAUAUACGACACCCCGGCGAGCACAGACAAGAACACGCAGCAGACGGUGUACGACUUCCCACCGUCUGUCAGUAAGGACAUCCCUGAUGCUCAGCCAAUCAGAGAGGAGACCUACGACGUGCCCCCCCACUUUGCCAAAUUAAAACCCCCGGCCCCCUUCCCCCCCGGCCAGUACCUUCACAACAACCUGAACGAGGACGACGACGAGCCCCCGAUCCCGGAGGACGUGUACGACGUCCCGCCCCCCAUCCUGACUGACAAGCGUUACCGUGGAGACAGGGGCGGAGUCAGCCAAGCCCGCCAGGACAUCUACGACAUCCCGGCCAGCCUGCGGACCGCAGGUAACCACGCCCAGGACGUGUACGACUUCCCCCGAGAGAGAGAGGAAAAAGGUGGAGAGAGAGGAGACCACUACGUGUACGACGUCCCGCCACAGGUUGUUCGUGACGCUCAGUCGACCUCUGACGAUCUGUCCAUGUCCUUUAAACGUCUUUCGGCCUCGAGCACAGGAAGCACACGGAGCAACCACUCUGCUUCGUCCUUAGACCUGGUCCCUGUCCGCGACACCUCCUCCUCACUUCCUGCCCCUGGAUCCAUCCCGGGGAAACCCCUCAUCUUGGACCUGGAGCAGGCCAUGGAGCGUCUGUCUCGUCUCCAGCAGGCCGUGGAGUCGAGCGUGUCCCUCAUGAUGUCAUUCAUCACAGGUAACUGGAGGAGCCCGGCUCACCUGGAGGGGAACCUCCCCGCCAUCCAUCAGGCCGCCGACCGCGUCCGCUCCUCGGUCCGGGACUUCCUGGAGUUUGCCCGUAGCGCUGUGGCGAACGCUGCCCAAGCCACCGACCGGUCCCUGCAGACCAAACUGGGCCGUCAGGUGGGGAAGAUGGAGGAGGUGUUCCAGAGUUUGAUCCGACACAGUCAGAGCUUAGACGCCGUCUCCUGGUCGCACUCAGUGCUCACGGCGCCCCCACAAGGCGGGGACGACUUAGACCGGCUAAUCAUGACGGCGAGAGGCAUCCCUGACGACGCCAAACAGCUCGCAUCGUUUCUCCACGGUAACGCCUCGCUGCUCUUUAAACGGACCAACCGGCAACAGCAGCAGCUGCCCCUUCCUCCAAUCCCAGGGGAGGUCAGCGGUCACAUGACGGGAUCAGGAAGUGGAAGCUAUCAGGGAGGGGAGAAGGCCAACAUUCAGUCACGGCCCCUCCCCUCGCCGCCAAAGUUUACAGCUGCAGGAGAAGAGGAGGGCGUGGACCGGCCGUAUGAGACCACAGAGGAAGGCUGGAUGGAGGACUACGACUACGUCCAUCUACAGGGUAAGGAAGAGUUUGAGAAGAACCAAAGACAGCUGUUGGAGAAAGGAAACAUUACCAGACACAAAACACAACUGGAACAGCAACAGAUCAAACAGUUUGAACGUCUCGAGCAGGAAGUCAGCCAGCCAAUCAACAACGACAUGACGGGCUGGGUCCCGCCCCCGCAUCACCCUUUGGCCAACCAGGUGGCUCAGAACGGCUCCGGAGGCCCCUCCUCCUCCAAACUGUGCCACGGCGACCGACAGCUCCUCCUCUUCUAUCAGGAGCAGUGCGAGCAGAACGUGACCACGGUGACAAACGCCAUCGACGCCUUCUUCACCUCGGUCAACUCCAACCAGCCGCCCAAGAUCUUCGUCGCUCACAGCAAGUUUGUCAUCCUCAGCGCGCACAAGCUGGUGUUCAUCGGGGACACGCUGUCCCGACAGGCCAAGUCCCCGGAGGUGAGGGCGCACGUCGCUCAGAGCAGCAACACGCUGUGCGAAAAACUCAAAGACAUCGUCAUCAGCACCAAGACGGCGGCGCUGCAGUACCCCUCCCCCGUGGCGGUCCGCGAUAUGACCGAGCGGGUGAGGGAGCUGGCAGGGUGCACGCAGCAGUUCAGGAUGGCGCUGGGACAGCUGCUGGUCAUGUAGGGGGGAGGAGGGGGGAGGAGCCAAACAAACUGAGGAACACUGGGCUGUGAAUCCUCCCUGCAACAAGGAGUUGGAGACCCUGUACGGCCCCUGCAGCAUGAGGGAGGAGGACCUGGAGCACCAAACCUGGGGUCCUCUAUUCCCCUGACGUGCAGCCUGGGAAACCCUGUGGACCCUUACCUUUGAUUUCCCCCCUCUCCUCUCAUUGGGACUGCUCCUCCCUCGCCCCUCCUCCCUCGCCCCUUCUCCCUCGCCCCU